AUGUCCACAACUACAGGAGCGUUUAUUGCCGGAGGUAUCGCAGCUUGUGGGGCUGUUACCGUCACCCAUAGUUUCGAAACUGUCAAGAUCCGCCUUCAAUUGCAGGGCGAACUUCAAUCGGAUGCCGUCAAAAAAUACCGCGGCGUUCUUCACGGUGUCAAGGUGAUAUUGCAAAACGAAGGCCCCAAGGGUCUGUUUAGGGGAAUCGGUUCGGCUUAUAUUUACCAAAUAUUGCUGAACGGAUGUCGUCUCGGCUUUUACGAACCAGUCCGAACAACUAUCACGAAAGCCAUCUACAAUGAUCCAUCGGUACAGUCCCUCGGCAUCAACGUCUUCAGUGGAGCAAGUUCCGGUAUCCUGGGCGCCGCCGCCGGUUCUCCCUUUUUCCUCGUCAAGACACGAUUGCAGUCUUACUCUCCGUUCUUACCGGUCGGUACACAGCACAAAUAUAAGAAUGCUUACGAUGGAAUGCGACAGAUCUAUGGCAACGAGGGUGUUAAGGGUCUAUAUCGCGGUGUUGGCGCCGCUAUGGUCCGAACUGGUUUCGGCAGCUCUGUACAACUUCCCACGUAUUUCUUAGCGAAGAGACGGCUGAAAAAGCACUUGGGAAUGGAAGAGGGCCCGGCUCUGCAUCUUGCUAGCAGUACUGCGUCAGGGUUCGUGGUCUGCUGCGUUAUGCAUCCACCAGACACCAUCAUGUCUCGUAUGUACAACCAGACCGGCAAUUUGUACAAAGGUGUUUUCGACUGCCUGUACAAAACUGUUUCCACCGAAGGUUUACUCGCCAUAUAUAAGGGAUACUUUGCCCAUCUUGCUCGUAUCCUACCGCAUACUAUACUCACUCUCAGUCUUGCUGAGCAGACGAACAAAUUCAUUCGCGGAGUCGAGGAUCGCAUCCUGUCGGAUGACCUCCGAUCAAGAUUGUAA